UCUAUAUUUUUGAUUAUUAUUAAUUUUUCGCGAGUGCGGGUGCGCGCCGUGAGCAGCUCCGGGAAGAAAGAAAGAGAAAAUCCAGAAGAAGGGAAGGAAGAAGCCCAAAGUCACUGGUGCAAAGGAGCAAAGGAGAGACAUUUCCCUCCCCUCCUCCUCCCUCUUUUCCCCUCCCCAGGAGGAAAGAGAAGGGGAAAAAAAAAAGAAACUUUCACCUUGGACUCUUCUUUUUUUGGUGCAAACUUUCCCCCCCCCCCUCCCCUGUUCUUUUUCCUUUUUUUCCCCCCUCCCCGUUCCCCUCCUUUUUUUUUUUUUUUUUUCUCCUUUUUUUUCCCCCUUCCCCUUUUUGCAAAAUUGCUGCUGGUGGGGUGAGGCAGGAGGAAAAUGCCGCAGCUGAACGGCGGUGGAGGGGACGACCUGGGCGCCAACGAUGAACUGAUCUCUUUCAAAGACGAAGGGGAGCAGGAAGAGAAGAUCUCCGAGAACUCCUCGGCCGAGAGGGAUUUAGCUGAUGUCAAAUCGUCUCUCGUCAAUGAAUCAGAAACGAAUCAAAACAGCUCCUCGGACUCGGAGGCGGAGCGGCGGCCCCCGCCUCGCUCCGAAACUUUCAGAGAUAAAUCCCGAGAAAGUUUGGAGGAAGCUGCGAAGAGGCAAGAUGGAGGGUUGUUUAAGGGCCCACCAUACCCGGGUUAUCCCUUUAUAAUGAUCCCCGACCUCAGCAGCCCGUAUCUGCCCAACGGAUCGCUCUCUCCGACGGCGAGGACGUAUCUGCAGAUGAAAUGGCCACUGCUUGAUGUUCAGGCAGGGAGCCUUCAGAGUAGACAAGCCCUCAAGGAUGCUAGGUCUCCAUCUCCAGCACACAUUGUUUCUAACAAAGUGCCAGUUGUGCAGCACCCGCACCAUGUACACCCUCUUACACCGCUUAUCACGUACAGCAAUGAGCACUUCACACCAGGAAACCCUCCUCCACACUUACCAGCCGACGUAGAUCCAAAAACAGGAAUUCCAAGGCCUCCACAUCCUCCAGACAUAUCUCCUUAUUAUCCCCUAUCACCAGGCACUGUAGGACAAAUCCCCCAUCCGCUAGGAUGGUUAGUACCACAGCAAGGUCAGCCAGUGUACCCAAUCACGACAGGGGGUUUCCGCCACCCUUACCCAACAGCUCUGACCGUCAAUGCUUCCAUGUCAAGCUUUCUCUCCUCUAGGUUUCCUCCACACAUGGUCCCGCCACACCAUAGUUUACAUACAACUGGAAUCCCUCAUCCGGCCAUAGUCACACCAACAGUCAAACAAGAAUCUUCCCAGAGUGACGUCGGCUCACUCCACAGCUCAAAGCAUCAGGACUCCAAAAAAGAAGAAGAGAAAAAGAAGCCACACAUAAAGAAACCUCUUAAUGCAUUUAUGUUGUAUAUGAAGGAAAUGAGAGCAAAAGUUGUAGCAGAAUGCACAUUGAAAGAGAGCGCAGCCAUCAACCAAAUCCUUGGUCGAAGGUGGCAUGCGUUAUCCAGAGAAGAACAAGCGAAAUACUAUGAACUAGCAAGAAAGGAACGACAGCUUCAUAUGCAGCUGUACCCGGGCUGGUCCGCACGGGAUAACUAUGGAAAGAAGAAGAAGAGGAAAAGGGAUAAGCAGCCAGGAGAGACCAAUGAACACAGCGAAUGUUUCCUAAAUCCUUGCCUUUCACUUCCUCCGAUUACAGACCUGAGCGCUCCUAAGAAAUGCCGAGCGCGCUUUGGCCUUGAUCAACAGAAUAACUGGUGCGGCCCCUGCAGUCUUUGAAUUUGGAAUAUUAUGAUGGUAGGUAUUUCAACCCAAACCACACUCUGUGUAGUGAUUCCCCCUCCCACAUUCUCCCCUCUUACUCAUGCCAGUCCCAUGUGCUUCAUCUCAUUUAGAAUGUAGAUCAGAUGUUCAUCAUAUUUUGUGUAUGCACGCAGUCUUGUUUGUGCUUAGUGUCGAGGAAAACGUGAAUCAAGGGUGGUGUUGUAUGUCAAAAUACUAGAUAAGGCACCAAAAUUGUUUUCAGAUGAUUGUCCUGUUUCAGGCAUGCUAGUACUGGGUGUUUUGGGGGCUGACAUGUUAGAUACCAGCAUGUAUGUUAAGAAACAAGUUUUAAAAGCUGCUGUUUCUUAAAGCUUAAGGAAAGGAAGAAGAGUUCAAGAGCUGGGUAGGCACCUUCCAUGUGUCAGGACUCGAGUCUCAUGCUAAGCAAAGGCUUGGAUGCUGUGUUUAAUCAGGCUUUAUUCUGUGGUUAAUUUACCAGACACUAUCAGCAGAUAUUUGUGUAGUCUAGAGAUACAGUACUGGAAACAUGUAUGCUGUAUGCCAUGCACCAGAAUGGAGGGCACGUCAUGUUUGUGUGGCUCUGUAUUUCCUUAGUGGCUUAAGUAAGCAUCAUACUUUUAAAACUACAUUUUAUCAGCCAAGGGACUUUUCCUUCAGUCUGUGCAGUGCUUAUGUUACACAUGAAACUUAAACUCUCUCUUAAAUUAUGCCUGGUUUUGGCCAGAGAUCUUUGCUGCACAUUAGUGACAACUUUUUUAGACCAGUUUCAGAAUCAUUUUUGAGCAGCGUGGCCCCUUUUCAGUGGUAAGGUAGCUUUAGGGUUACUGAUACAGUCAGCUUUUUUUUUCUUCUUUUUUUUCUUUUAAAACAUAGAGACAUUUUAUCACUGGGUAGUGUAGGGCAUUUCUCUCUUAGUUGUUGUCCUAAGCAUUACAACAUGGCAUUUGAUAGCAUGGUAGCUUUUUGUAGCGCAUCUUAAGUAGAUGCUAAAGAUGUACAGUUUGCAAAUACAAAAAAAAACCUGAGACAUCUUUGCUCACAGCAACCCUUGUCAUCAUCUGUGGCUUUCACUCAUGGCAAUUGCAGUGUUCUGGGUUUUUCUGAUGCUGUCCUAGGGCUUAUUUCAAUGACAGCAUGAGCAGGGUCAGUUCUGUUUGUGCCUGGGGUACUGAUGUAGCAGCUGACACUUUCAGAGUGUCACACAAGUGGAUAAUCCUCACAGUGUGCUUCUAAGGGGGGAUAUGUAGUAUUUUUGUUCCCUCUUUAAGAGCUGCAAAACUGAGGCACAAAACGUUCCUCAGAUGUUGACUUAUUCCCCUUCACCAGGGUUGCCUGAAGUUGUUCACUUCUGGUAAAAUUUGGCUUGCAGGGUUUUGGAGUUGUGCCCAUCUAUUUAUUCUGGCCCACCUAACCCUGUCCCCUACAUGACCACAGAUAGCACAUAGUGAAGAUGGAGAAGUGUCCCCCCCGCCUUGAACCAAGAUUUGUUUAAAUGGCUUUUCAGAUUAAAAGUGGCCUCACUGUUUAAGAGUUAAACAUGAAACAGAAAGAGAGAAAAAACUCUGCUUCCUCAGUCCUAAUCAAAUGAACAUUGAAGGUAGCAGACCAGAGUUUUCAGUUUUGAGAGCUGUUAAUUCUGCAAGCUCAGGAAGUCAGACAGUUCUUUGGUAGCCUGAUAUAAGUUGGCUCUGCCAUGAGAAAUUCCUCAUUUUGGGCCACAGAACUUAAAACAGUAUUAACAAAAUCAUUUUUAAUUCUCUACAUACUAGAUUCAAACUGUGAAUUAGUGAGAUAAUUAGCUGCCUUGUGGGUUCAGAGCAAUCCCGCUGAAUGGCUUCCGGAGCAGUGUCAGUGAGGAGGGCAGAGUUUGGGUCUCUGCUUGGAGUGAGAGGAAACCUUGCAGUCUCCAAGUUGAGAAAACCCACCUUUCAAUGCAGGUGUCAGCAUAGAGUUUUGUGCACAUCGCUGUUCUGCUUUGCCAUUGGCAGCUGCACAGAAAGUCAUAAUGUGAAUUCUGGAUCUGGCAGCAUUGCUCAGCUGGAGCUAGGAAUUGUGGAGGCAGAGGCCAGGAGCAGCAGAAAUGCCCAUAGCCAUGUGCUAGAGGCUUUCCUUGCUGUUUGUUGUUGGUAGAAGAAUUAACAGGUUCUGUUUUGAGCCCACCAAGUUAAUUUCUUUCUGUCUUUUAACGUUGCUCUAAUAAAGCAUGGUUUAUAGCCUUUACUUGCUGUCCUCUAUCUUUCUUCCUUUCCUUCUUUUUUAACAUUUAAGUUGCAUGGAUGUCUUUAGUUUUUAGCAUGUAUUUAUCUGCAGGCUAACGUGGUUAUAACUCUAUUAGCCCUAACUCCUUACCUUGCCAGGGGUACAUGGAGCAGAGCCCCUGAUUCUCUGGAGGAAGGAAGCCACAACCCUGAUCUGCACUAAAGCAGGUGGAAAGAUGGGGUUCUGGUCUGCGACUCCCUUCCUGGCUAUGGGACAUCUAGUGCCAGGCUCAAGCUGGUUAGAUCUCCCAUGCAGCUGAGAAAUGUCCAGUCCCAGUGCCUAGGAUUGACCCAAUGCUAUAUAUAGGGGAGCAUAGUGACUACCAGAGUUGGAAGUAUGUCAAAGCACAUGCAUGGGGAGUUUCACACAAUGAUGUUCAGCAUUGGUGCCACACUUUGGAGAUUCUCCUGAUGAAGUUGCUGAGCUGGUGAGAAAGGUGUCCAUGCUCCUUCAUGUUGGUGGCUUUGAGCUGAGCGUCCAAAGUUUCUGUGGCAGAGCUGCUUUAGACAGAUGUGGUCAAAUACGUUGGGCUGUGAGAACAUGGUCAGCACUUCCCCAGAAAGUGCUUGAGCAGAAGGACUGGAGAGCUGUCCGUAGGAGGGUCAGGGUGGCCACUCAGUGUCAUUCUCCCAGAUGCUUCAGUUGUUUGCCUCAUUAUUUUUGUCUUGCUGCUUGAACUGUCAUGCAGACACUUGGCAAGAGAGGUGGUGUGAGACUGUCAUCUGUUUUCAUUGCUCCUUUACAUUAUUAAGGGGACAGAGGGAGGAGAAAAGAUUUAUUGGGUCACUUACGUGGAGGUGAACUUGUAAGACUCUCAUAUUCCCUGGUGUGAAAUAAAUUCCCCAUGUUGCUCCUUACCUUUGUGCCUGUCGUCGUGCUCCUCACCCACUGAAAUUGGAUUCCACUGAAGUGACAAGGAUGGCCUCUCAGAGGAAAAUUCCCCCAAUGCAGACAAGCAGCUUCCCAAAUCUACCACUCUGCCUUAAACCAAAAAGUAAAACUGAGUCAAUUUAAAGCCACAACCUGCAGGCCAUACAACCAGUUAUUCUUGUUAUUUUGGAUCAUACUCUGUUUAUCCUGUUCUUUUUCUGGUUUUCCUUCUGUUUGAUUUGUUGUUUUGUUUUUAUUUCCCCUCUCUCAUUCUCUCUAUUAUAUUCCUCCUGUCUGACUCUGACCUUUCUGGAUUUGGUGUGGUUCUUAACAGAGGAGAAAGCGAGGAGUUUAGGUUGCAGCAGUCUGGCCUCCCAGGGCAGAGCAUCGUAAGAGCGGCCAGGUGAUGCAGGGUAGAGAGCCCCUUUGAGGUGGCUUGAGAUACAUUCAACAUAUCCAGGGCUUUUAUUUCCUAAAGAUAUGUUUUUUAUUUUUUGAGAGGAAAAUUGAGUCUGUAGAUCAGCACAGUGGGCUUGAAAAACUUGCUAUAUCCAGUUUUGUAAUUCUGAAAGUCAGUAAAUAGGGCAAGGAGGCGGCCCGAAGAGGAGAGGGAUGAAGAGGCAAUGGGUGCAGCCUUUCCAAAUCUGUUAGCCCAGGGAGGGCUGAGCGGACGGGGCACCGUGGCCGCCUGCCAGCCCCAGGAUGGUGCACAGGGCCGGGCCCAAGGCCCCGUGCUGUAGCUGUCUGCGUCGGCAUCUCUGCCUUCAUUCACAGAUAACUCUCUCCCUGU